AUGACGUCUCGUAAGAUCCUCGCAUCAUCUCCGCUUGCAUACGAAAUCCGGUAUCAGUUGAUUCGCAAUCGACGCAAGACAUCGGCCAUUGCGAUCCACUCUACAUUCAAGAUGUUCUAUAACGGAGAUUUGUCGAGUGCCAUAUCAACAGCGCUUCACGAACGAAAGGCUGUUCUGUGCUUUGUCUCCGAUACCGGCACAGAAGCCAGCAGGGAAUGGGAAACUGUCCUGAGGGAUCCCUCGGUAAUGCAUUUCCCUCAUGUCUAUGUAUUACUCAACGAGGGCUCUGAAGAAGCCGGCUUUCUGAAUUCGAUCUGCCCGAUCCACAGCACGCCCGCAAUCAUUGUGAUCAAGGAUGCGCGAGUACAAGAAAACCUUCAGUCCGCAGAGGUGUCGACCGAGCAGUUAAAGACUCGCCUCGCCUCUGCAUUUGGACAAGAUGGAGGAACAUCGUCCUUCCAGGACCCCCGGACACAUCAAUCCAAACCACAAGAUCAAUCUAGUGACGCCCAUCAAACGGAGCCCACGUCUGGGGACCUGAACAGUGUGCAGGAGGCCUCUGGUCCUGCACAAUCCAGUCCCUCUACUGAAUCACAUCACCCUACACAGCCAAGUCCACCGGUAACGCCGUCGGUGCCUGUACCUGCGGGAGAACAGGUUUACCCUACACAGCCAAGUCCACCGGUAACGCCGUCGGUGCCUGUACCUGCGGGAGAACAGGUUUACCCUACACAGCACCGUCCGAUCCCGUCACCUCCCUCCUCAUCAGCACCGCGAGGACAUACCAUACCUACAGAUCCCUCUCCAGUCUCAGCCCAACCCCUGCCAUCGUCAGGCUCCAGUGCGGAGAGUGACAAACAAAAAGCGCAAAGGGCAAAUUACCUCAAAAUGCAACGAGAGCGCGAACAAAAACAACGCGAAGAACGUGAAAGGAUCAAAGCACAGAUUAAAGCAGACCGGGAGGAGAGGCGGAUGUUGGAUGAAAUGAGGAAGCAAGGUCAAUCGCCAGAGGCCCUAGGCUCCUCAACUGCUUCUUCGCAUGCUAAAUCAAAAACGUCAAUAUUGAACGCUCGAGGGGAUGUGAGAGUCCAAGUCCGCACAUUCGACGGUUCGACGUUACGCAAUACGUUCCCCUCAAGCGCAACCAUCACAAAAGAAAUCCGUCCCUGGAUUGACUCGGCCAGCUCGACCGCUUCACCCGCCAGGACAAGUGGCGUGCCAUACAAUCUCAAACUCAUCCUGACACCCCUUCCGAACCGCACAAUUGAAGCGGGAGAAGAAGACACUGAACUCUCCGACCUGGGUAUUACGGGGAGCUGCACCUUCGUCAUGGUCCCGGUGCAAGGGUAUGUUGACUCGUACGCGUCCGGCGGUUUGGCUCUGGGAGGCGGGCUACUCGGGGGUGUUGUGAGUGGAGGGUACAACCUCGUCAGUGGAACGGCAGGGAUGGUCUUUGGUGGUGUACGGUCACUGCUUGGGUAUGGAUCGGGCGAUGCGGAACAGACGACACCUACGGGCAGCGGACGUGGGAACGCAGAUCAGCGUCCUGGGGCUGGUGCUGGUUCUGCGGCGGGGAAUAACGUCCGGAUUCGCACACUCGCUGACCAGCGCGCCGCAGAUGCCGCAGGAAAGAGGAACCAGCAGUUUUACAACGGGAACCAGCUGAAUUUCCAGCCCAACGACGAGGACCAGAAGAAAGAUUGA